ACCACUCAUAAUACCAGUGCUGGUACUCGUACCGGUACUUAUCAAGCGUCGGGCACCACCUCACCACACCAAACGAAAGGCCUGUCCUGUCCAAUCCUGUCCAAUCCUGUCCUUUUUCCUCUUGCCGGUAGGUGAGUACAGUACAGGCACCAGCCGGGGCCACCCUCCAAUCCCUACACAUCCACAUCUCUUAACCCCUGCCCACCAUCCAGUCCCUCCCACUCACUCCCUUUGCGCCCUCUUGCCCUUCCUUGCCCACCCCAACGCGGGGCCCCACCUUGUCUUAGACACCUCAUAUCUAACAGCCAACAGGGCCUUAUCAGGUCCAGCCUCGCCCUCUGCGGUACCGGUACUGCGAGUACUCACCGGUACGGUACUCUUCUGUGGUAUUCGUGCACACAAUGAUAGAGAACUGUACCAACUGUACCGGUACGGCAAUCGGAAGAGUGGAGGGAAAGAACUGAGCCAAGGGGAAAAAAACAAAAAAAAUAGGGAAAACAUAGUAUCAUACAAAACAAAAAGUUACCUUGUCCUCCUCCUCACAUAGGGG